UAAUCUCUUUUGAAAUGUUAUUAAGGAUAGGAAUAACAUGAUGUACAAUAAUCACUUUGAAUUCAUUCAUCUCUGGUCAGAAAUCAACCAUGACACGAGGACUCGUAGGACGUUGUUGCGCUUACCCACAGGGCCAAGCUUCCUUAUUGCCACAAAUGCUUGCAAUUGCCGCGCUUGUAUGCUGCUUUUAUGCCAUCCCCUGGACACCUGGAUCCUGGUUUCCUGAGGUCGGCUUUCUCUGCAUGCAUCUGGAUGGCAGGGAUUCGAAUUACUCUUGCGGUCCACUCAGGUUGGUGGAUCCAGGCUAUUGGUCGGGGGAUAAAGGAAAAUACUGGCCGGUGCAGCUCGGUGCUUUGUUCGCAAUCAUUUCUGCUAUCCUGGGAAGCAUUGCCACGUUGUAUCUGUUUGGAGCCAUUUGCUUCCACCUCAGCAAGAAAACUGUGUUAAACAUCAGCAAGACCUUUCUUGCCUGUGCCCUGUUCUCAGUUUUGACAUUUGUGGCCGCAGCGUUAGAUAUUUGUGAUAUUCUGGGGUACAGCAGCAGCGGAUCUAGCAGCAGCAGCAGUGGCAGCUACUAUGAUUCUGGCAGCUCCAGUUAUUACGGAGGCAGCUCCAGCUCCAGCAGAUCCCAGUGCAAAAAGGUUGUGCGUUUGGACGGGGGGGGCGUUGCUGAAAUCUUCGCCGUUGUGUUCUUCUUGGCGGCUGCAGCCGCAUCAUUUCAGUUUGCGAAUGUUGCGGAAGAAACCAGCGAGGCAGCGGAGGACGAGGCGACAGAGACAGAAGUGCUGCCCCUUCACCACAAACCGGCAGCACGUCAAGAAGCCCCAGAGUCUUCUUCGCCAAGGAGGGACACCAGACGCCCUCCCGAAGAUGACUUACUAAGAGCGUAAAAACACGUUGUUCUUGGCUUGUCCCGGCAUGUGCGUGUCCACGUCGAAGCUUUAGCUAUUGGAAAGUGGUCAAGCAACAUACUGAACUUCCAUACUUAAAACACAAUGCUGGUUACGUAUAGAGCUCCAUACCGGCAUACCGGUACCACUCCAAUGCACACACAAAAGUCGUCCCUUUCGAUGCGGCUAGUUGGCCACCACCCUAGCUCCCAGGUAGUCACAUCUGUGCUCUGUGAGCCAGUCGCUGAUGUACAUGUAAGUGCUUUGGCUUGCUUCAGGGCUUCAGGGUUUACCAAUACUAGCUAGUGCCAGCCCUUCAGCCCCGCGCAAGCUCCUCUGCAACUUACGAGGCUUUAGACUUUAGACUCAUUGGAUCAUGCUACCGUAGAAGCGGGCCAAAGUGACAGUCUAUGACAGCAUAGAAUUAUGGUUACGAGAGGACGGUCUUUCAGGCCAACAAGGACAAUUAAGUUGACACUACCAGUACAAUUUCAGCGUCAUCCCAAAGACGCCAAAAGCAUGGGGAAG